CACACAGAUUGCACAAUUGCUUUGUGUGUGCUAUUGAUUGGUUUGAAGAAAAGAGACCAUAAGGUUUAAUACACUUCAGACUGAUGAAGCAAUGCUGGAUAUAACUUGAAGGAUGAAUGAAAUGAGAGACUAUGGAGGAACAAACAGCAAAGAGCGAUGUGAGAAACGGUCUGCGGAAUGAUAUUCCACGACUGCAGUCUAUGUUGGCAAAACUUAAUCUAAAACACAAACAUCCCAAAACAGACAAUGUUAAAUUAAACCCAGAUACCGCCUGUAAAAGUAUGUUUUACCAUUAUCUGGAGACUGAAGAAGGAAUACAAAAUGAAGAAGACAGGAAAGAUAGCACGGUCGGGUCUGAUGAAGAUGAGGAGCAACCAACUAGGAGUUCUGAAACAGAAGAUGGAAAUGAAGCUGUUGAAAAGGUCAAAGAGCUUCCAGAUGCGUUUCCUAAAUGGGAGAGGAAGAGUUUAUUCCCUGUCUCUUUGUCCAUAGAAACUCAGGUGGCAAAAUUAAGUCAUCAGCGAAAAGAAAGUGAGCCUUUGGAGGACAAAAAGAGCAAAGAGAUGGAAAAGCAUGUGGAUGGAGCUUCAUUAUUGCCUAACAAUCAAUCUCAAGAAACAUCUGAAGACACAUCUUACCUCUCUGUGUCCUCAGAUAAAGUGGACUCUGCACAGGUGCGGUUGAAGCAAGAACCACUAGAUGAACCUUGUUGUGGUUCUUCAAAACAGUAUGUCAGUAUGGAUACGAGCAGGGUUCUAACCCAUCAAACAGCUGUGAAUGUUACAAGCAAGACAACAAGGUCCACUUCAGAUCCAGUAACCCAGGAAUCCAGUAAAUCCUUUAAUCCAGUAAAGGAAGAGAGACCCCUCUCAGCUCCAAGUAUUUCAAACCUAUGGGAAUAUGAAAAGUAUGAAGAUUUUGCAAACGCAAUGCCAGCCGAAAGCUUCAGCAAAGCUGCUAAGAUUUUGGGACAGGUUCAUUCAGGCAUGAGCAUCGGAAAUGUGGAACAUGACAACUCGCUCACCAAAACGCAAAAGAAAGGAGUGAAAAACAAAAUGAAGAUUCUUACUAAAAAACUGAUGGAAAAGCUUAAAGAUAAAAAUUAUUGUGAGCACAAUGGCAGAGGGAGCACCCAAGACAGUAUGGAAGAAGGACAAAACCUGAAUUCCUUGGAGGUGGAAGUCGAGGCUCAAGAUAUUCCACCACCACUUCCACCGAAAAUGGGGAAAUAUGUUUUCUUAGAAAGAAGAUUUACCCUAAAAGACUUCAAACUCAAUCUUGAACCGAUCAACUUAAUGGAAGAAAUAUUCACAGGCAGCGAAUGGCUCAGUUACUUGCCCAUCAAAGAAAGUCCAAUUGAGAAAGACACUAGUGAUCAGUCACAAAUGAUCAUGACAAAUGAUGUUCUCCAACCAGAAAAGGACAUUCAGCUCGAUGUUCCUCCUCCAAUAGCAGAGCAGGACCAGUCAGAGGACAUGAAGACACGAGAGGUGGACCAGUCAGAGGACAUGAAGGUCAAUCAAGAGAACAGUGUAGCAAAAUUGAACAGUGACUUUGAUGUAAAACAAGUGGAAUUGGAUGCAAACAUAUUUGCUAUACCUAAGGCACUGCUAACAAACAAUGCAAGACAAAAAAUUACUUGUGAGUCAAACAAAUCAGAUGACGUCAAUAACAGUGUGAAUAUGUAUAUUAUUCCCAAAAAUGACUUACCGUUAAUGAAAAGAAAAGCAUCAGAUCCGCUGGACUUAUCAACAGUCAAGGUGGGGAACACUUUUGUACAUUUUCUGUAGUGAAAGUAACUGGAAUUUUGUGUUAAUAUAUGAGAGACUGUUUUUGUUUUAGCUUUAUUUUAUCUUAAUAAGUGGAAUAAAUGGCAAAAUAAAUUCUCUCUCUCAGUCAUUUGAGUUGCUGGACAAUUCUGCCCUUAAGAGUCGAAUUCGUCUUAGCAAAAAGAGACACCACCGACCACCUAAAAAGCAAAAAAAAAAAAAAAAAAAGGUAAGAAGAAGCUGAGGAGAGUUGGUAUGAAUUUAAUGCAUGAAAGCAAUAAGCAUGAUAUUUUUUUUCACUCGUUUUCUAGUAAAAACAGAAAAGUUGAGUGGCAUAUUCUACAAGAUUCCCCAGGUAAUACUGAAUGAAUGUCCUGUCAGCGCAUCUCCAACACGUAACAGCAUUCCCUUUUCCACAUAUCCUCCUCUGCAUUUACCAUCACGUCCAUACCACUCCUGAUCAUACCACAUCUAUCCUCUGCAUUUGUCAGGUCAGUAAAGUCAUUAGUCUAUGAAACCCAAAGCAAUCUACAAACCGAGAAAGACCAUAUUACAUAAAAUCUAUUACAUCUGUUCAUGUGAUCAUUGUAUUAAUAGUGUGCCUAGUUUUAUACUUCCUUGUUAGAUUAAAAGAUACCUCGACUGUAAAGACUGGAAAAUUACUGGUGUGCAAAAGAUGGGGGACAUUACAGUGGAUAAUUCAUUUGCUAGAAAGAACUAACCUUUUUCACAUAAUUCAGUCAUUAAUGUAAUGAUUUGCUGUCAAUAUACCACUGCUGAUGAACUGUACAGCACAGUAAAUAUUUUUAUAGUCGUUAUUAUUAUGCAAUUAUGCAAAAUCCCAUGUCAUAUUAUUAUGUUAUAUCAUGUGUGUAUCUUUUGCUGUCUUUAGAUUCCACUAAUGAAUUGUAUUGAAUUGUAAAUCACCAACAUGUAUCAAAAUGUGUUUUCGCUUGAGUUCUUCCCUGAAUUCAGUUUUGUGCUUAUGAGAAUUCUAUCUAAUGAAAUAUUGUAUUCAAGUAUUACUGGAUGACUAUCCAAGCUGUUUCAACUAAUCAUUUAGUUCCACAGAAAUGUUAGCCUAUGUUCAGUAAUUUUCUGACUUAAAAGUGUUAUCUGAAUUGUUAUUUUUUAGUUGGCUCAACCUUUACUGAACUAUAUUUAUAGUCCACACAGCUAAAAUGUUUUAAUUGUCAAACAUUUAGAGAACUACAGCAAGUUAUCUCAGUUAAAAUAUAACCAUUUACUCCAUGUGUUUUAUAUGAUUCAAUUGUUAAACAUGAUUAACUGGUGUUUAUCAAUCACUACCCUUGUGAAAAAGAAGUGCACCUAAGUAUACUUUUAUAAAGUGUACUUAUUGUGGAAAUAAUAUACUUUAAAAUAACACACAUAAAUGCUAAUUAAGUAUUUUAUUUUCGCCGCUUAAGUACAUUGUAUUUGUAAUUAAUUUCAAAUGUAUCACAUUUUAAAGUAAUAUUAAAUGCAAUAAGUUUAA